UAACUUCCCAACGAAGAAGAAACGACUUUAGAGGGGUGGAAAAAAAAAAGCAGAGAAGAAGCCAGAGGAACUCCUCCUGUUUACAACAACAUAAUGGAGCCGAAAUGGUCAAAUAUCAUCUGCAAACGUGUCUUAUUGACUGGAUUAACGCUAUGUAUUCUAUUAGUCUCAAAACCUUCAUCGGCAAUCGAAAUAUACGCCGACCCUGAAGUGAUGAUGCAGAACGGCACCACGGGAACCCUCCGAUGCACCUUUAAGUCCACCGAGGUUAUCAGCAGCCAGACCUCGGUGAGCUGGAGUUUCCAGUCGAGUCAGCCUGACAACCAGUUCUACAAAGCUCCAUACGCGAUUUUUUACUUUUCUCAGGGGAAAGGAUUCCCGGGAUCAGUUGAGUUCAAAGACAGAGUGCAUUUUAUUGGAGACAUAAACAAGAGGGACGCCUCGAUACAGCUGAGUCCGGUUCAGUUCAGCGACAACGGGACCUUCUUCUGUGACGUGAAGAACCCGCCGGACGUCAUGGGAACACCGGCUCGAAUAGAGCUCAGGGUCGUUCUGAAAGAAUCUCUUCCUAUGCCCAACACCACCAUUAUAGUCGGAGCAGUCUGUGGUGCUUUAGUGCUGCUCGUCCUCAUCGCUGUAGCUGCCUGCGUCGUCAUGAGGGUGCUUCACAACCGCCAUGAAUAUGAAGGAUGUACGUCCUUGGAGAGCGUGAGCUCCCAGGCUCCAAAACCACGAAAGAAGGUGGAGUCCAGACUGGAGGGCUCCAGAGGUACCGGUCCCUCGGGUCCACUACAGGGCCCGGUGAUAUACGCCCAGUUGGAUCACUCAGGCAGCAAAAACUCAUUCCACAAGAUGGAGCCAGUGGUCUACGCUGACAUUCGUAAAAACUGAAGAGGAACCGGGGACCAAAAAAAAAAAACGUAAAAUAAAAACACAGUAAAGUAUCAGA